AUGUGCUUGGAGUUCGCCUCGUGUUUCGGUGGCAGGACGGACGACUAUGGCGGCGAGCGGCCCAACCGCAAGGAGGAGCACGGCGGCGUCCGUCGUGGCCGCGACCGCAGAGGGAACCACGGGAGCACCUACAACGGCCACGCCGCUGACCACAAACUGGCGCCGCAGGCGGCCUACCACCACCAGCCGCCCGCCGCAGUCGACGAGGCCGGGCACAAGGCCUACCACGAUGGCCGCGGCGGCUACGCCGCCUACGGGCAACACAAGACCAACAUCGAUGCGCUAAAGCUUCCAGCGUGGCAAAAUAAGGUCGGCGACGGUGCCUACACGGGGCGCCUCCAAGAAGAUUCUGCCGCUGCUGAUCAUAUGAACAACGCCGCCAGGGAUUACCACCACUACCCAACGAGCACCACUACCACUACUACUGCUCUCGGCAGGUACUAG